AUGGGCUUUUUCGUGUUGCUAUCGACCGUGGCUGCGCCAGUUCGAGGCGAGAAUUUGAAAAGUUUCGACGUGACAUUGGCGUUGUUCUGUGUGGGGUGUUAAGACGGACGUUGGGAAGUCGAAGGCCAAGUAACUGUAGUGAACGCAUUUGGCGCGUAAUUUUCCUUGCAUCGGCCAGGAUAUACGCACGCACUCGCUGCGCAUUAUCCGGUCCAAGUCGCGAGCGAUUGGAAGCGAGUGAAUCACGUGCGAGGCCUCUGGAAGGUCAACUGCAAAGUGCACUUGUCGCGCUGCAUUUCGCGAAUACUUGGAUUAAUAAAUUCAAUUAGACCCGACGGGCAGUUGCUGGAUGUUUGUUUAUUAAUUAUAGUUAAGUGUGCGGACGUACUGCAGGGCUCUGGAGAGCGGAGGAAUUUAAAAAAAGUCCGCGAGAAAUCCAAGCUCGCGCGGAACACACCUUGAUCGAGGCACGGUGAGUUCGGUUCGGGUUCAGCUUCGUUUGUGCCUUUUGUAGUCGGUCCUGUUUUCUGCGUCGAGUCAACAAGCCGGACCUGGGGUUUGCCAACGAAUUGCGAAUCGACCGCCGCUGCAGCCCCGCGCGGGUUUGCUGAUUUCGAAUUCUCAGGUGUGUCCCUCGUCAAAUUCGCCCCAUCUUGCGCGGUGCAACCGGACCGCGGCCGGACGGGGUUUGGUUGUUUUGGAGCCCGGGCUCCAUCCGUUCAGGUGUACACAAUCUCUGCAUAGACGCACGUGCGGAUGUGACGUGAAUUUUAACGAAAGUGCCUUUUGUCUGUUGCAAGUGAUCCACCCAAUCGCCUACUGUGUCGCGGUACUGCGAAUCCAGGUGCCUCGAGUUCUCCCCAGCACCACGCUCUGUGCAGGCUCUGCAAACCGCAUAUACAAAUUCAACGGUGAAUCACACGAAACAAUUACUGCUGAACGCAUCCGCAGCUCAGCCCAAGAAUUUCUCAGAACGGUGCGGUUUGAUGGUCGGUUAGCCUCCAGCGAGCGAGAUUUCAGAAAAUAAUUUGCCAGAAUUGGCUAACGACCUUAUAACUCACAAUCUGAAGGAAUGACUUGCAUCGAUUUCUUGCAUUAAGUCGAAUUUAAUGUAGACGAGUUAAUUAUGCAGAUCUUGAGAUGGCUGGACCGAAAACAGCACUUUAUGCCGCCGGGCUAACAUGUCUGGGUUUUAUAUGUUUCGCAUUAGCUUCAACGGCUGUGGGCGUACCUAUAUGGGGAUACUACGACAAUCCUACAGCUGGAUGGGAUGCUGACAGGGGUUACUUUGGACCAUGGUUAGUGUGCAAACAAUUAAGCUAUAAUCGCGAGAAAUGCGGUCAAGAUGUCUCACGAUUCAGACCAUCACUGGGUAUUUACAUAAGCGGUAUUCUAGCGGCAUCGAGCGCUGCAGCAUUAGGAUUAUUUUGCAUUCUCUGCGUCAUACAAAUCGCCAUGAUAUCAUCACGGGAAAAGUUUAUGAUGAACUACAGUACGCUGGUGAUAGGAAAACUAGUGCUAGCACUAAUAGGAAUGCUUCUAGCCAUCGUUGCGACUGUAUUAUUCGCAAUUUUCAUGGAUGAUACGGGAAGAAGUGGCUUCCGCGUAUCCCGAGGAGUAUCAUUUUACAUACAGAUAAUAGUAGUAGUUUUGACUAUCGCAUUGUUCGUAAUGGCUGGUUACGAUGUUCUUUUCUCUCGCCGAGCUGGUGGGGAUCCAACUGUACCUGUGGACACAUCACCUUCAACAGCAACUACAUAUAAUAAUCCUGGUUUCCGGGAGAGACGACCAAAGAAUGGGGUAUCAGUAACAGACGCAUCAGGCAAGCCGUACAGUGGAAUAACGAACGGUAGUAUGGCUUCUAUGAGCACGACGCUUACGAGCGUUUCCAACGGAUCUUCAGCAGACACGGUAGUGCGAUCGCCCCUAAGAUCGAGUCUGAAAAAGCCACGGCCACCACGGGAAGGACUCGGCAUACAAAAUCCAGGCUUCUCAGGGUCGGGACAUUCGCCGCCAAUGAAUCGCAAUGGAAGUGUGAAGAAAGUUCGAAUACAAACCCACAGCACGGAAGUUUAGUAUUCGAAUUUAAACCUAAUAUAGUGUGUAAGGAGGGUUUCUGACUAAAAAGACUGUAAAUACAUACAUUACUUUAGUCCUAAAGUGGAGCGACAGAAUGAAAUUGUUGGAUGGCUCUACGGAUAAUAUUGCUGGGCAUGAAAUCUUGACAAAUGAUCGCAAUCGACAAUGAAAGUCACGAAUUAAUUUGUUUUCUCUUUAAGUCUAUUUUCAGUAAUGUCUGUUGAAUGCGUUUUAGUUUUGUCUUCCAUUGAUAGAUCAGAAACAAAUAAAAACGAAGAUGCCUUUGAAUCAGUGGCUUAACCUUAGGAUGCGCGAAGUACAAAGAAGAAUAAUUAGAUUUCACCCUGUACAUAAUAUUUACGAGACCAAGCAUUUAAGCACUACCUAAUAGAGAGUUUCAUUAACAUUUUAAUUUUCAAUUAGUCGAACUGAAGUCAAUAUUUAGUUGAAAACCUUAUUCGCUAGGCUAGUAAUGAGAACCUGCAAUCACAAUACUAUUUACUAGGACUAUCAGGCUGCAUGAGAGUAAAGGAUUCCGUCCAUUUUAAGCGCGAACUUGUGAAAAGUUGUUGAACGUGAAACGUAGCUGGACUUUUUACAAUUACUGUGAUUUCAGUGAAACAUAUUUAAUUUUAUAUUUGAAUAUUUGCAUGGAAAGCUUUUAUUUUAAUUGUUUUUUCUUUUUUUUUAAUUCUCGAACCUUAUACAUACAUAAUAUUUGUAUAUCACGGAAAAAUAGAAAAUUAUUUUGUUCAGUUAUACAUAUUUGAUGGAUAUAUUUUUAAUUUAAUACUUGUAUGUUAUGCAGUAAGAUAAAUCGGAUCAGCACAAUAUUCGUAACGUAAGUUUUGUAAGUUUCGUUUUGAUAAAAACGAAAAAGUUAAUUAGACGAGAAUAUUUACAUUAAUUUUUCUUUUUGUUAUAUAUUUCUUAGAAAAGAUUCGACUGGACAAGUCCUUUAAGUUUCAAUAAAUUUGAUUAUUGAAAA